GGUGGUUGCCAAGCGGGAUAAUCGCGGUUCGGCCCUGGGCCUCCACUGUCAAGCCGAGCACCUGGAGGCGGUCCAGUCACGCUGCCGCUUCUUCCACCGACACCUCUGCCGUAGCCGCCAGACGCAGCGCCGCCGCGUUGCGAUGAUGCAUCAUAACCAGCGUAUGGAUGGUGCCUGCGCAUCUUUAUCGUGCUCCUCAAGAGAUCGUCAAUCAAGAUAUUCGUCACGUGGGCUUUCCUUCAGAACGAUCGAGACUUCACCGAGAUCUGACACUUUGGUCAAUCAAUCGCGACGAGGCUGAUUGCCUAGGAAGCGUGUAUGCUCAAUGGUCAACCUCUGCACUCGUGUCCCGAAAUGCGCUGCAACACAGGCACACUCUCUGAAGCUGACCAAUUUAAACACCCAGAUCGGCGCGUCAGGGGGGAGGAGACGACUUCAGGUGUUGCUGCUGGUGACAACGGAUAUAUGCGCCAGCUUCUUUCUGUCGAUGUAGCAGGUCUCCUUUGUGUGCGAUGCGUGUCAACGCUAGCCAAUGCAAUUUCACCAAGCGAAGCCGAGCCGGGUUUUGUCAGAUUUCAACGUUGCUUCUUGCUUUCAGGGGUCGUGCGUAUGAUUGAGCAUGAACCGGCUGGCGCCACGUGAGUCUCACACAGCGCGCACUGCAAAUGAGAUCAAGUGACUCCUACUGGGCAAAGGCCGAACACGAUGAUCUUCGAUUUGGUGAUGGAACGUUUGCUGCGGAUUCAAAGCGACUUGAGGUGGAUGUG